AUGGCAGAGGCUGUGCGCGGCGACCAGCCUCAGAAGCAGCUCGUUCUCCGCGUGCGGAAGCAGGGCGUGCGGAGGAAGUGGGAGCCCAUCACGUUCGGCGGGGGCUCUGCGCAGACACCACCGCCGUCGAAUGCAUGCAAGGACUACGCCGGUCGUGACGGGGUCUGUGACGUCAUCGCCACCUGUCCGGCACUGCUGCAGAUCGUGCAGAACAGACCCAGUCGUCAGGACAUCCAGAACGUGCGCCAAAGCAUCUGCGGUAGCCGACGUAUCAACUUCCGGCCGGUGCCUCUGUUGUGCUGCGCCAGUAAGUCCCAGCCGCCCACCCAGCCGCCCACCGAGCCGCCCACCCAGCCGCCCACCCAGCCGCCGUCAACGGGCGGCUUCAACGGCGCGCCCGAGGACCACCCCAACCGGCGCCUACUGCCCUCCAACUGCGGCUUCAGCUUCACGGAGAGGAUCGUGGGUGGAGUGGAGGUGGCGCUGGGCGAGUUUCCCUGGCUGGCCAUCCUCGGCUAUGAAGUACAGGGGACCGUUGAGGUGGACUUCAACUGCGGCGGCGCCGUCAUCAACGACCGGUACGUCGUGUCGGCUGCUCACUGCGUCACCGACCUGCCGGCCGGCUUCAGACUGGCGACGGUGCGCAUCGGCGAGCACGACCUCACCAAGGACGUAGACUGCGUGGAUGGCGUUUGCGCUGGUCCUGUGCAGGACUUCCAGAUCGAAGAGAUUAUCCCGCACAAGGAAUACAACUCGCCGAAUCGCUUCUGGAAUGACAUUGCGCUGCUUCGCCUGAACAAGCCCAUCAAUAAUCAGCUGGGCACCUUCGUCGCUUCGAUAUGCCUGCCGUUUGGCAGCUUCAGGACCAAAUCUUUUGAUGCCCAAAGGCUUUUUGUCGCCGGGUUUGGCCUGACAACAGCAUUCGGCGACUCCAGCGAAGUGCUAAUGAAGGUGCAGGUGCCGGUGGUGGCCCAGGACCAGUGCGCGGCCGUGUUCCGGCGCCAGCGGGCCGUCAUCGGGUCGGGCCAGAUGUGUGCCGGAGCCGAGAAGGGCCGCGACUCGUGCUCGGGCGACUCGGGCGGCCCGCUGAUGGCCGUCGACCGCGUCACUGGGCCGCCCUACCGGCUCAUCGGCGUCGUCUCGUUCGGCGUCACGCGCUGCGGCACCGAAAACGUGCCGGGCGUGUACACGCGCGUCACCGAGUACCUCAACUGGAUCAUGGACCACAUGCGUGACUAGCAGGUCGCGUACAGCGGCGCUAGACGGGCGGGACCGGGCGGGUCUCCCCAAGCCGUGGCGGUGGCGCGCGCGGCCGCGCCGGGCAGGCGGGCCGGAGGACUGGCCAAGCUGUGGCGGUGGCGCGCGCAGCCGCGCCGGGCAGGCGGACCGAGGGACCGGCCAAAAUGUAGCGGUGGUGCGCGCGGCCGCGCCGGGCAGGCGGGCCGGGGGGCUGGCCAAGCUGUAGCGGUGGCGCGUGCGGCCGUGCCGGGCGGGCGGGGUCUGGCGAGUUCCCGCAAGCCGCGUGAGGGUGGGGCGGGGUCGGUGGGUUUCCCUAAGCGCAUGCGGCCGCGCCAGACAGGCGGGGACGGGGGUCUGGACGAGUCGUGGUAGGCUAAUCCGUCAUGUUCGACAAGUCGCACCGAUUGGUCCGCUUACUCGAUUUUACAGCUUUGUUUAAACGUUCGUUGGUCGUCUGUCUGUCCUUACGCAGCGCCGUUUACAUACGCAUCGGGCAUGUUAUUACCCAGGUACCAAUGCAUCUAGGGUAAUCAACACUGGGAACGAUUCUUUUAUGCUGUAAGCAGAAGCCCGUCAUGAAAAACUAGGCGAUGUCACGGAAUCUGAAACUAGCCGGGAUGGGUUGUGAAGAUAUCGUCUGUAUAUUUAUAUCGCUGGCUUGUGAUCUGAUAAAAGGUCUGCUUGUAUGCUUUUGAAUUUUAAUCCGGUAGCUGGCCAUUUUACAAAUAAACUCUCUUCCGUA